GGUCGUUUCAUCUGGCUUUUUCCGGCUGCCAGGAUACACGCAGGGCGAUGUCGGUUAAAUCCAGCUACGCAGUAACUCCAUAACAAUUUAACUUUGAUUCGUAUACUCGUAUUACGAAUCUCUUUGUUAAUGGGAAGGGAGAAAGAGGUGGACAUCAUACCACGUUUAUAUAUAACCGUAACGUUUUCUAGAACGUCAACUUUGGCGUCCUAUCUGAACAAGAGAUGUGCUUUGGAUGUAUUCCAAAAUACACAUCAUACGUGUGGAAAGUUUGUAUAUAAUAUAUUUACAAUUCAAGUGAAGUGAAUCGUGUGUGACGGUGUUUCGCUUAUAAGAAUGCGGCUGCUCAUCGCAUUUUGCAUCCUGGGACUCAGCUGGCUCACUGUAGUUAAAACUGAACCUGAUAAAAUAGUCUGCUACUUUGGAAGUUGGGCGGUUUACCGUCCUGGAAAUGGAAAAAUCGAGAUAUCGAACCUGGACCCGAGCCUCUGCACCCACAUGAUUUACACGUUCGUUGGAAUCACAGAAGCGGGCGAAGUCAAGGUGUUGGAUCCGUGGGCCGACUUACCCGACAACGGGGGCAAAGCUGGUUUCCAGAAAUUCAACGCCCUGCGGGAGCGGCAUCAUGGAAUGAAAACUCUCGUGGCAAUCGGGGGUUGGAACGAAGGCUCUGAGAAGUAUUCCAGAGUCGCUGGGAAGCCGGCUCUACGGUCAUAUUUUGCUGACAACGCGGUAAAUUUUGUACUCAAAUACGGAUUCGACGGCCUCGACAUCGACUGGGAAUAUCCAAAUCAGCGAGGUGGCACCCCGGCGGAUGUCAGAAACUUUGUUCUCCUCUUGAAGGAACUUAGGGCUCGGUUUGACGAGCACCAUCUUAUCUUGACCGCGGCUGUUGCCGCAGCCAAAAUCUCUGCCAGCUUAUCAUACGACAUUCCGACAAUCUCGAAGUACCUUCACUUCAUCAACAUCAUGACCUACGACUUCCAUGGUUCCUGGGAUCCCGUCACUGGUCACAAUGCUCCUCUCUAUCCAGCAACGCGAGAGACGACAGCAACUGCUCGAGGUCUUAACGUCAAUGCAUCGGUGCAUUACUGGCUCAGCCAGGGCGCACCAGCCGAAAAACUUGUCCUGGGAACAGCUCUUUACGGGAGGACCUUCACUCUUUCGAAUUUCGCCAAAAACGUGCCUGGAUCUGAGGCUUCUGGGCCUGGCACAGCAGGUCCGUAUACCAGGCAACGGGGAAUGCUGGGAUACAACGAGAUCUGCGAACAAGAGGUAAAGCUCACGUGGACUACAGCUUGGGACGAGCAGCAGCGGGUGCCUUAUGCCCACAACGGCAAUCAGUGGGUCAGCUACGACAACGUCAAGAGUAUCACGGAAAAGGCAAAAUACGCCAAAAAGAUGAGGCUCGGAGGCGCCAUGGUUUGGAGCAUUGAAACUGACGAUUUUCGGGGCAUCUGCGGAGAUAAGUAUCCUCUUCUCAACGCUCUGAACCACGUGCUUCGAGUUUGAUCUCCCGUGUCAAGAAUAACAGCGAUUCUAAUUUAAAGUACUAACUUUAUGUACAGGCUCUGAAUAAAUUAAAUCCGAGUCUCGAUUA